UCAGAACUUAAGUGAUCUAUAAAUAGAAAAAAUGAAAUCCAUCACUGUGUGAUAUUUGCUGUUUGUCACAAGAUUCUAGCUCAUUUUCGCGGAUAAAGACCUCGAUUAAAACUCAGUCAAUUUAAAAAUAAUUUUUUUUGUAAUUACACAAUGAUUAUGUAAUAAGUGUUUAAAUUAAAGUCAUCACACAAUGGGAUUCGGUGGAUAAAAGAACAUCGUUUAUAUACAAGUAAACAUCAUUUUGAAAAAGACAUGACUUAUUUUAAUGCUGGCACCAUGGAGAGAACCAUUUCUGGAGUUGCCUCAUACGUGGAUGGUGUGCAGUUAAAGAUCGGGGAUCGGUUUAAGCCAUCAGAAAGAAUAACACUACCAAUAAAUUACCUGGAAAGGAUGUCACACAAUGACUUCUCAAGAUUUGAAUAUGAUUUUGAACUCGAAAACAAUAUUCUGCGCAAAGCAGAAGAACGCCGUUUACAAGAAGAACAAAUUAAACUAUUAAAAAGACAGCAAAUAUCUGCUGAAACUGAAGCAAACAUUGCAUAUGCUAACGCUGAUGUGACACCUGCUUCAAACACAGCAAAUGGAGCUACAGAGUCGAGUGUGGCACAGAUAUCUAAUGGCUAUAUCCAGGAACCGGCUCAGUUAAUACAGCCUAGGCCAGCUAUGCUUGGUAUGGACAUUUUAACACCGACACCUCUUGCGACCACCAGUGCACCUCAAAAGGUGACCAAUCAGAAGCCUUUGAUAAACCUAGCAGACUUUGAAAACAGUGCAACGGAUCCAUUUGAAAUGACAGAAUUAAAAACUUUAGAUGAUAUGGAAGAGCUCCGCAGUGUUCUGGAGCAAACGCUUCCAACAAGUACAUCGGAUGCUACUAUAACGGACAGUGUGGAAUCACAGUCUUCUCUAAUUGAAAGAAAAGAGCAAAGUCAAAUAACAUUGUCAGAUGGUGACAAUGAAAUGAAAGUAGAACCUGUCCAUGACCCGGUUGACCAGUCAUCUCAAUUUACUGCACCGUUGGAGAUGAACAUAGGAGGCGAGAUGAACGGUUCAGUGGUGACUUGUCCAGCCUCGUCCACCGCUCAUUUUACAGCAAUAAAAACGGCUCCACAACAAAGUUCCAACACCCCUGUAUAUAUCUACAAACAGGACUCAUUUACCAGGGGACCACCCCUUCCACCAAUACCUCCGAAAAAGAGUAGUGAUGAUCUUUUUAAAAUGGUAAAUCAAGACAUUGGUAGUAACAACAUACAUACUGAACUAAGUAGAACUGGUACAGACUUGUCAAUAACAAGUGAUAUUAGCUCACCUAACUCAAGGACAGGAUCUUCAUUGGAAAUUGAAGUACAGGUACCACCUAGCUAUCCAAAGAGUCUAAACAAAUACUCCUGUCUACCAUCAAAAACAUUACCAAGCGCUAAAGUGCUACAAGAAGACGAAAACCAAAUAUUUACUAAGUUGAACACUGAACAGCAGCAUUUCACCAGAUCCAUAGCAGCAAUGGGCUUUCCGUUACUAAGGGUGGCCAAGGUGGUUGAGCACAAUGGUUGUGACUCAGAACUAGUGGUUGAAGCUUUAUGUGCAAUACAGAGGCUGUGUGAUAAAGGAUUUGAUGAAUCUAGGGUUGGGGAGGUGUUAGACUUUGUCAGCAAUGAUGAGAAUAAGGCUUCAGAAUUCUUACGGUUGAUGAGUCAGUUUGAGACGCUUGGAUUUAAGUCAGAAGACAUCAAAAAACAAUUGAUUGUAAUUGGUACAGAUGAAGAAAAACUAUUAAAUGCUUUAACUCAAACGUCAUGAUGUAAUGUUAUGGUAUGCUACACUUCCUUUUAAAACUGCAGUGAGUGGUGUGAAACAUGCUGUUAAAUAUUCAUUCAUGAAUGACAUCACAGUAUGUCAGAGGUGAAUGACCAGGUCUACUGCAUUAUAUCAUUUACAGAGUCUAAGUGAUUCAUUUUAGUUUUCCCUAUCAUCAAUUUCAAAAUAUUCAUUGUUCUGUGUGUUUUUACAUGUUGAAGUAUGAAUCAUGUUUACACUACAAGAUAAAUAUGGCUGUAUAUAUAUAUAACAGGCAAUCAGAAUGGACAGCUCAUAUUGUUUUUAACAAGCUUAGAUGUUUAAUACAAGCUCAACAGAAAUAGACCAUUCAGUUAAGCCCUGCCCAAUGUAUAAUUCAAAAUGACCAUUCAUAGAGAAACUUGGCAGUCAUAAAUGUAAAUUUGUGAAUGUGGGUUCUGGGACAUUGCAUAUUCCUGUUGAAUAAUUAAUAAAAUCAGUUGUAAAGUUUAGUUGACACACUGGAAAGACAAAGAUGUUUAAAUUGUAUAUUUUAUAUAUAUAUAAAAACUAUGGUCAUAAAAAGAAAUAAAAAAUAUAAUUACUAAGAGGAAUGAAAAAAAUCAAGUAACAAAUUUUUGAUUUUGAAAUUUUCUGAACAAUGUAUUUAUCAUUUGAAGCUUGUUUGCUACUCAAAUAACAAUGAGUCUGAUCUGAAAUGGUGCUGAUAAGUCUUAAAUACCGCCUAAAGGCCCCUAUGCACUUAACAUUAUUACAUUAGUCAAGAACCUAUGAAACACAUACUGCUCCCUGGGUGAAUAAUUUUGCAUUUAAUACAUUUUUGUUUAGUUUUAUUCAGUAAUUUUUUUUCCAUUUGAAAUUAUUUAUUUGCCUCAAAAUUGCAUGAAAUACAGUAAAAGAAACAGGUGUCAAAAUGGAAUGCCUUUUAAUGGUAAGGGGACUGAAAAAGUAAUAAAAAUUUAUGAAAAUUAUAUAAAAUAAGGAACAUUUAUACAUUAAUUAGGUGGAAAAAAACUUCUAUUGAAGUAAGCUAAAAUCCUUGAAAUUAUGGAAAAACAAAAGAUAUAACUUAAUAAAAAAAAAUAAAAUUUAAUAGAUGAUGAGGUGGUAUGAGAUCAAGCUUGAUAACUAUGAACAAUAAAUGCUAUUUAGAUAUUUCUUUUUAUAUAUUUUAAUUCUUUUUUGUAAAUAUUUUACAUUCAAAUUAACUGAUCUGCAAUAACGAUUAUUCUGGGACCAUAGUGCAUCAAGGUAUAGCCAGCGAACUAGCUAGUUCAAAUAAGUUGGCUAGUGGCGCAACAAAGAGGCCUGGAACCUCUAGCAAAGGAUUUUUCGGGUCCUCUACCCCGAGGCCUGUCUGCUCUGAUUGACAUUUUAAUAACGUUCUUUGAUGGCAUCCUUUUACCUUCUGCUCCUUAGAGAGCUCAUAAAUGUUAUGCCACUGGAGUUGACAAGUAUGCGUGUGUCUGUUUCCAAUUGGUCAGAACACUUUCUGCGAUGACAGAUUCAUUCUUAAUUCACUAUAAAUACAAGUACACCAUGUGCACAUGCCCCAACCCAUCCCAGAUUACUUGUUGUCUCUGAUCUACAACUCACUGUCCUCACGUCUUGCAUCAUUAAAGUUGUCUGUACACUUCAUUAUCAUUGAGGGAAAAAAUGUUCUCCCAUGGUUGAAGAGUUCAGAAUAUUUACAAUUUCAACAAGUGUACAAACAUAAAUGCAGGCAUACAAGGUUGCUUAGGCAUGUGGAAACUGAAAGGUUUACAGUGUAGAAUUACAGACUGUAAAUGAAGCCUGCCCUCUGUUGUAAUUGUUUGAUAUUAAAUCAUAAAUUUAUAUUUGUUUUACUUAAACUUAAAUUUCAGUGAAAAAUUUCAGUGAAAUUGCCAUAAAUACAAUUAUACUUAUCUAUUUUGAAUUUAUACUAACAAUGUUUAUUAGUUAUAUAAUAUUUUACUGUAAAAUAUAAUCAUAAAGUUUAAAGACAUUUUAUUUAUAUAUAUAUAUUUUAUAUAUUAGUAUAGGUUUUCAUGAGCUGUUGAUCACAGCCAAUUAUUAAAGUUUACACAGUUCCUGAAUUACGAUCAUUCUAAUUUAUAUUACAUCCAUACAUAGUGUAAUGCCUUUAAAACAUGAAAUAUCAUUAGUAAUAUUUUCAUGCUUGUAAAUCCCAUUCCAGAAAUAGCCAUUUAUGUGUUUGGCUUCUGAACAGAUUAUUGUGGUUUUAUUUUAGUAAUUAUUGAAUUAUCAACAAUUAUUUUUACUACAAUAAAUCCUUAGAUUUGCAACCAUUAUAAAGUUAUUAUGCAAAGAAUAUGAGAAACUAUUGUUUACGCAUUUGUUAAUUUGCAGCAAAAUGUUUUCUUGUUCUAAUCUUCAAUUGAGAGCUAAGUAAUAACUUAACAUACUUAAAUUAGGAAAUUCAAUAUUGAAAUUUGUCUUCAAUACAGUAGCUCGACAUUUAAUGGGAAUUCUAAAGCGCUGUAUAUUUUCAUGUUAUUAAUAAUCAUGUUAUUCUGUACAAAAUAUUGCUGUAUAUACAGAUAUGUUAUUGUAUGUUAAAUGAUAUUGAAUAUAGGGUUAAAUAUUUGGUUAGGUUGUAUAUUAGUGUACAUACACAUAAUGUGUAGGUGGUCUAAGAAUAUAGGAAAUAAAACACAAAGUAAAGUAUACACAUAAUGGUUUUGGGCAUCGUUGUGGACUGUGAAUUCAAUGUUCCUCUGUCAACGCAUAUCGGUUUAUACAUGAUAUGAUAUAUAUAUAGCACACAGGCAUGGACUAACUCAUUCAACAACUUUUUUCUUUCCUAAGUGUCACAUUAUGUCCAAUAAGCUGCCAAGAGGCGAAUUUUCGUCUGUCUAGAACGAUGUAUGUAUGGAAUGCAACAUUAUGCAUUAACUGUAUACUUGAAUAUAGCCACCUCGUUUUUUAUGAUAGUUUUAUAAAAUGCUCACAAGAUUUUUAGAUUAUUUUAUUUGUUCAAUUAGUAAUCAUUCUGUUUCUUUAUUAUGUAUAUUCAAAUAUGUCAAACAAUAAAAAUAAUAUGAUUUCACUAAACUAUAUUGUUUUCAAAUUAUAUACUUCUAUACUUACACUAUUUUUGUUUUGUGAAAAAUCAUACAUUUUAUCAUAUCAAGGCCUGAUUCAACAAGCCCUGUACAUGGGCAUACAA